AUUUUUUUUCCCACUCUCAUUGACAUUUCAACUCCACGACGGAUCCAAAGGUAGAUAGAUUUUGAAUCGGGACCUAUAAGUUUCUGUCGCUGUGACACGGAGGAGAGAUCCUUUAGGAGAGGAGAGGAGAGACUUUAUGCGCACAGGAUAACCGGCCAGACACAACUAUAAAGCUGCUGCCUUUCAUCCACGGGAUAUCCCCUCCGUCUCCGUCUCCGUCUCCGUCUCCCUGCAGAAGACCAGCACUGGAAACUAAUUUUUCCCUCUUCUAAAAAACUUCCCGAGAGAGACUGAUCCUGGUCGGCUCUUUUUUUUUUUUUUUUUUUUGGUUUGUUGCUCCUCUCUCUCUGUGUGGUGUUGGAGAACUAAGGCUGUAUAGCCUAUAUAGUUUACCAAGGACUUUGACAACGACGCAGGAUGCCCCAAAAAGGGAGACAUUAAGUAGUGAAAACGGCAGAUGAUUGACUAAAUUGUUAGAGUGGACAGUCAUCUCUGUUUCCAGAAUACCACAGCCAAGCCACGUGGGAGUCUGGCGUAGCCUCAAUGAUGCAGAACAAGGUGUAUGACAUCUGUGAUGAAGGUCACAGUGGCGUAAACCAGCUUGGUGGUGUGUUUGUUAAUGGUAGACCGCUGCCGGAUUCCACCAGGCAGAAAAUAGUUGAACUUGCUCACAGUGGCGCGAGACCCUGCGACAUCUCCAGGAUACUGCAGACCCAUGAUGAAGUCCAAGUGCUGGACAGUGAAAAGGUAUCCAACGGCUGUGUGAGCAAAAUCCUGGGCCGGUACUAUGAGACUGGCUCCAUAAGACCGAGAGCAAUAGGCGGCAGCAAGCCCAGGGUCGCCACUCCGGAGGUGGUCGCCAAAAUCGCGCAGUACAAGCGAGAGUGUCCGUCUAUCUUCGCGUGGGAGAUCCGAGACAGACUGCUGUCGGAGGGGAUCUGCACCAACGACAAUAUACCCAGUGUAAGUGUGUCAUCGAUAAACAGAGUCCUCCGCAACCUGGCUAGUGAAAAGCAACAGAUGGGCGCAGAUGGCAUGUAUGACAAGCUGAGGAUGCUCAACGGUCAGACAGGAACUUGGGGGACCCGGCCCGGAUGGUAUCCAGGAACAUCAGUGCCAGGGCAGCCCAACCAAGAUGGCUGCCCACAACAAGACGGCGCAGGAGAAAACACAAACUCCAUCAGCUCGAACGGGGAGGAUUCAGAGGAGACACAGAUGCGACUGCAGCUCAAGAGGAAACUACAGAGAAACCGCACGUCCUUCACACAGGAGCAGAUUGAAGCGCUGGAAAAAGAAUUUGAAAGAACUCAUUAUCCAGAUGUUUUCGCGCGAGAGAGACUAGCAGCGAAAAUCGAUCUGCCCGAAGCAAGAAUACAAGUAUGGUUCUCAAAUAGAAGAGCAAAGUGGAGGCGAGAGGAGAAGCUGCGGAACCAGCGCCGGCAGGCCAACAACUCCUCCAGUCACAUCCCCAUCAGCAGCAGCUUUAGCACUAGCGUCUACCAGAACAUACCACAGCCCACCACACCGGUGUCUUUCACCUCGGGGUCAAUGCUGGGUAGACCUGACUCACUCGUAAACACCUACAGUGCGCUGCCACCCAUGCCCAGCUUCACCAUGGCAAACAAUCUACCUAUGCAACCCAGCCAGACCUCCUCUUAUUCCUGCAUGCUGCCUACCAGUCCGCCUGUGAACGGGCGGAGCUACGACACAUACACGCCCCCUCAUAUGCAGGCACAUAUGAACAGCCAAUCAAUGACCGCUGCUGGUACCACCUCAACAGGACUCAUCUCUCCUGGAGUGUCUGUCCCUGUCCAAGUCCCAGGGAGCGAGCCUGACAUGUCUCAGUACUGGUCAAGACUACAGUAGAGAGAAGAGCUACUUCACCCUGUAACCACCCACUCCACCAUCGCCCUCCGGCAGUGCUCCUCACACACACACGGCACAGGAGAGUAGAGAAUGCGAGGGAGGGUUGUGAAGAAGCAAAGGACAGGAGAGGAGAGAAAGAAAGAAAGAAAGAAUGAGAGAGACUCCGGGAGAGCCUUGGGACGUCUGGGCUUUUGUUUUUCCAGUGGGACUGUGUGCUGUUCUGUAGCUCUAGGCACAUUCAAACGAGGAUUUGGAAGAGAGAACAACGAUGGAAAAGACAGAAAAAAAAUGGACCUCUGUAAAGUGCCCGGUGUUAAAUUUUUAUGGAACAAAAACUUAUCUGUUUUUUUUUCUAUUUCCAACUUCAGUCAUUGUUUCCUUUUUUUCUCUGGUGUGUUAGUAAAAUGGCCAUUUGUAUGUUAAUAUGAAAAACCAAGAUCAAGUACUGAUAGAUGGACUGCUAGAAAACCAUGUUGGUCUUGCGUUUGUUUGAGAGAGGAGAGAUUCUGCCAUGACUAUCUUUUGAUCUGCUUAUAUCGAGACUUUCUACCAGCCUUUGCAUGGUCUCUGGACGCUGUUGCAUAUCAUUAAAGACGAAAAGCUGGAGGGAAGACUCUUACUGUGUCAAAAAAACAACUAUUUAUUGGUCUUAUUUCUUACGAAUGGAUAUUUAGCAGAGGAAACUCGAACUCGAUCCACCCACUGAGGCUGUGGUCUUGACUCCUCUUGACGUGGGCCUGCGUUUGCCGGCUUGUUAAACACGGAUCACAAUCGACAGCUCGGAGUGUGCAACGACGGCGUGCGACACAACUUGGACCUCUUGCUUCGGUGGUUGGAUUGACUCUAGAUUACCACGAAGAACAUUUAAAUGUGGAAAACAGGUGUAAAAGAAAAACCUGUAGUCUGUAAAUGGUAGACUGCGUCUUCGAUAUAAUCCAGUUUGUUUAUGUCAAAAUGUAAAGUACUUGUCUUCCCUAGAAAUCUUCCAGAAAGAUUUCUCCAAUAAAAGUUGAUUUCAUUUAUA